AUGAGUGAAUUUGUUGUGCUUCGACGAGUAUUAUGCGAAUUUUUUAUUGGCCAUGGAACAAAAUCAGAAGAUAUUCAAAAAUACUUAGAACAACACCACCACUUAUCGUCUGAAAAAAGUGAAUUAAUUGUGAAACGUAUUCAAAAAACGCUUAUAACAGCGUUUAACGAUCGGUGGACCAAAUGUAACCGAACUAAAGAACGUUUCUUUAGUAAUAAUAUAUCGUGGUUAGACGGUAUAUUUAAGGUACAAUUUGAAGAAGCACCGAUGGAUAUUACACCUACAACAUCUGAAGAACGUGGACGUCCACCAAAGUCUUAUGAAGAUUUAUCAGAGAAAUCGAAAAAAAGAAAGAAUAUGGAAUUGGUACAAGAAUAUGGACUCGAGUAUAUACAUAAUGCAUACGUUCAAGGAUUGCGGGCUGAAGGAGAAAUCGAAGAAGCUACUGUUGUUUCAAUGAUGCGCAAUUGUGAA